AGGAAGAUCACACCAUCCCUCACCAUCAUCAGGAUAAAGAACUGAAAGCUGAGAUUAAAGAGGAAGAAGAAGAGAGGUUGGUGAGUGGAGAUCAGUCGUCUAUGGAGGAGGGGGAGAUGAUUAUGAAAUGUGAAGAGGAGGAACCUUAUCUAUUUAUCAACACAGAUGGACAGUGUGUCCGGAACACCCCUGAGGAACACAUUUUAUCUCCAGCUUAUAACGCCGAAGAUAAUAACAUUGCCCAAUAUUCUCCAGGAGGAAAUCCUGUUACUCCAAGUGUAUAUGACAGACCUUACCAACUGGAGGGAUCAAUGGAUCCCUCUAAUCCUGAGGAAUCUUCUGACGGAUCACACACCAGGACUGUAAUCUCUCACAAUACAGACAUCAUAAAUCAAUAUUUUCUCAAUGAAUCUUCUUUCAUCCAUGAAGGAGAUCACACAGGAGAAGGCUCCUUGUCCUGUACAGUGUGCGGGAAAUGUUUCAAAGAAAACCGUGCGCUCCUUAGGCAUGAGAAACGUCACACCAACGAGCGUCCUUAUUCGUGUUCCGAGUGCGGGAAAUGUUUCAUUCAGAAAGCAGACCUUCUCAAACAUGAGAGAAUUCACACCGGUGAACGCCCCUUUCCAUGUGAAAAGUGCGGGAAAUUUUUCGGCGACAAAGGCAACCUUCUUAAACACCAGAGAAUUCACACGGACGAGCGUCCUUAUCCGUGUUCAGAGUGCGGGAAAUGUUUCCUUAAUAAAAGUAACCUGGUUAAACAUCAGAGGAUUCACACAGGUGAGUGUCCUUAUUCGUGCCCAGAGUGCGGGAAAUGUUUCAAUGACCAAGGAAACCUUAUUAGGCACCAGAAAAGUCACACUGGCGAACGUCCCUUUUCAUGUUCAGACUGCGGGAAAAGUUUCACCCAGAAAAAUAUACUUCUCACACACCAGAAAAGUCACACCGAAGGCUGUCCCUUUCUAUGUUCAGAGUGCGGGAAAUACUUCAUCCAGAAGCGAGACUUUCUUAUACACCAGAGAAGUCACACGGGGGAGCGUCUCUUUACGUGUCUAGAGUGCGGGAAAAGUUUCAUUCAUAAAUGUAACCUUGUUAAACACCAGAGAAUUCACACAGGCGAGCGUCCCUUUUCGUGUUCAGAGUGCGGGAAAGGUUUCUAUGACAAGGGGAACCUUAUUCAGCACCAGAGGAUCCACACGGGUGAACGCCCCUUUUCGUGUUCGGAGUGCGGGAAACGUUUCAUUCAGAAAGGAGAUCUCAAGAAGCAUCUGAGGAUUCACAAGAGUGAGCAUUCUUUCCCGUGUCCAGACUGGGACAAAUGUUUCAUGUUGCAGGAUUUAGAUACAUUGGAAGUGAAAAAAGCCUCCAACCCUAUCCAUAUAAAGAAUGGUAUUCAAUCCUUAACAAAAAGAUCUGACAUCGUAAUCAGACCUGCCGACAAAGGCGGUGGGGUAGUUGUACAAUCGAAGACACAAUACCAGAUGGAAAUCAAUAGACAACUACAAGACAAGGAUACAUAUACCAAAUUAUUAAGUAAUCCGACAAAUCAAUAUAAGAAGGAAUUAGAAAAACUAAUCCAUUUAGGCAUUAAGAAAGAAAUACUAAACAAAAAAGAAUCCCAAUAUCUGAUUCCAGAAACAUGCAGAAUCCCCAUUAUAUAUACGGUUCCUAAAAUACAUAAGGACAAAAUAAACCCUCCGGGAAGACCCAUAGUCAAUGGUAUUGAAUCAUUGACAGCAAGAAUGGGAGAAUACCUUGAUGGAUUCAUACAACCCGCAGUACAACAAACUAAUGCAUAUUUAAAAGACACCAAGCAUGUAUUACAACUAUUAGAGGAUACUCCAGUGUUGAAAGGCAGGACGUUUAUAGCCACGGCAGACGUCUCUUCACUUUAUACCAUAGUACAACACCAUCAGGCAAUCAGUGCCACGAAAUGGCUCCUGAGAGAAUUCACCACUUUAAUAUGUAAACAAAGAAAGUUCUUGAUAAAAUGCAUAGAUUUCUGCUUGAAACACAAUUACUUCUGGCAUGACCAGACGUAUUAUAGGCAGAUAACAGGUUUUGCGAUGGGAGCCAAAUUUGCUCCUAGUGUAGCCAAUGCCUUUAUGGCACAAUGGGAGGAAGGUUCAAUAUAUGCAGAUAUACCAAUGGAACUAACAUUAUACAAAAGGUAUAUUGAUGAUAUACUCAUAGUGUGGAAUGGUACCCAGCCAGCACUAGAAAAGUUUUUGUCUAAAUUGAACCAAAAUGAUAAAAAUAUCACACUUACGUGGAACAUCAGUGAUACUAUGGUCAACUUUCUAGAUUUGGACAUCUCGAUUGUAGACAACACAUUGGUGACAAAAACACAUUUCAAAAAUAUUGACACUAAUAGCUACCUAUCCGUAAAAAGCUGCCAUCAUAAAUCAUGGCUUUUCAAUAUACCUAAGGGACAACUAACAAGACUAAAGAGAAACUGCACAUACCAAGAAGACUAUGAAAAACAAGCUUUCUUUAUUGGAACCAGAUUUAAGGAAAAGGGAUACACAGACAAUUUUAUUCAAAAACAGAUUGAGACGGUAUCAAAAAUGGAUAGAAACACCCUAUUACAAGGACCAAAAAUGAAAAAAUACAAAAAUGAGGCUCCAUUCAUUGUUUUAGAUUACAACAUACAACACCGAGAAGUUGAAAAAUUGAUAAAGAAACACUGGCACAUUCUGAGAAGUGACCGAAACCUGCAAACAAUAUUACCGGAUAGACCAAAUAUAGUAUAUAAAAGAGCUCCGACGUUGAGAGACCUAAUUGUCAAAAAUGUAGUAGUACCUCCACCAAUAAGUGGACACUAUAUACGGAACACCUCUGAGGAACAUCUCGUUGUAUCUCCAGAUUAUAAAGCAGAAGAUAAUAACAUUGUACAAUAUUCUCCAGGAGGAAAUCCCGUUACUCCAAAUAUACAUCCCAGACCUUCCCAAUUGGGGGGAUCAAUGGAUCCCUCUAAUUCUGAGGAAUCUUCUGAAGGAUCACACACCAAGACUAUAGGAUCUCACAGUACAGAUACUUCAAUAGAUCUGUCUAUUCCCAGUGAAUCUUCUUUAGGCAUUGAAGAAGUUCACACAGGAAAGAGUUCAUUGACAUGUACAGUGUGUGGGAAAUCUUUCACCAGAAAAAUAUCACUUCUUACACACCAGAGAAGUCACACAGGUGAGCGUCCCUAUUCAUGUUCAGAGUGCGGAAAAUGUUUCAUACAGAGAGGACACCUUAUUAAACAUCAGAGAAUUCACACAGGUGAGCGUCCUCAUUCAUGUUCAGAGUGCGGGAAAAGUUUCAUUCAGAAAGGAGACCUUCUUAGACACCAGAGAAUUCACACAGGUGAGCAUCCCUAUUCAUGUUCAGAGUGCGGGAAAAGUUUCAUUCAGAAAGGAGACCUUCUUAAACAUCAAAGAAUUCACACGGGUGAGCGUCCUUACUCAUGUUCAGAGUGUGGGAAAAGUUUCACUCAGCAAAAAGCACUUCUUACACACCAGAGAAGUCACACAGGAGAGCGCCCUUAUUCAUGUUCAGAGUGCGGGAAAUCUUUCAUUCAGAAAGGAGACCUUCAAAUACAUCAGAGGAUUCACAAGGGUGAACAUCCUUACUCAUGUUCUGAGUGCGGGAAAUCUUUCAUUCAAAAAGGUCAUUUUAUUGCACACCAGAGAAUUCACACGGGUGAGCGUCCCUAUCCAUGUUCAGAGUGUGGGAAAUGCUUCAUUCAGAAAGGAGACCUUCAUAUACACCAGAGAAUUCACACGGGUGAGCAUCCAUAUUCCUGCUCAGAGUGCGGGAAAUAUUUCAAUGACAAAGGAAACCUUCUUAAACAUCUGAGAAUUCACACGGGCGAACGUCCCUUCUCUUGCUCAGAGUGCGGGAAAUGUUUUACUCAAGAAAAGGUACUUCUCACACACCAAAGAAUUCACACCGGUGAGCGUCCCUAUGUAUGUCCAGAGUGCGGAAAGCGUUUCAUUCAGAAAGGACACUUUAUUGUACACCAGAGGACUCACACAGGCGAGCAUCCUUAUUCAUGCUCAGAGUGCGGGAAAUGUUUUAUUCAGAAAGGAGACCUAAAAAAACACCAGAGAACUCACACAGUUUAGCAUCCUUAUUCAGGGUUAUGGUGUCAGAAAUGGGCUGCUGUUAGAGAUCAUGGGGCCCCAUGCAGGCUGCCUGAUAUAGCCCCUCCCCAAAUUACAAAAAAAUCACAAUUGUUUUUAAUAUUUUUUUCCAAUUUUUACAUUUUUUUCCAAUUUUUUAUUUGUU